GACGCCGAAGAUGCCUCGCCUUCUCCAGAACCUGGCACCGAGCAAGACCCCUCCGGCAUCAUGGCAGAAGAGACUAAGCAAGAGCGUGCCUCGACCGAGGAGAAGUCACCCAACGCCCAAGCAGGUAAUGGCAGUGCCAACUCCAGCCAGACUGCCAAAACCAACGCAAAGGACCCUUCGCGCCCUCGACGAAAGAAAGCUAGGCGAGCCUGCUUCGCCUGCCAACGAGCCCAUCUCACAUGCGGUGAUGAACGUCCGUGUCUGAGAUGCAUCAAGCGAGGCCUCCAGGACCAAUGCCAUGACGGAGUGCGCAAGAAGGCCAAGUACCUUCAUGAUGCGCCCCCAGAAGCCCUUGUUCCUGGUUACGCCGCCAACAACUAUGCCAUCAAUGGCCCACAAAGCCUGACUGCUGUACCUGGACCAGCCAACAUCAGUCCCCAUGGAUUGUCUGCCACUCAGUCUGGAGCAUACUUCCCACCGAGCGCGGCUGGUGCAUUCCCACAAUAUACACACGCUCAACAGCAGGGCUCGAUGGGCCCGCCAAUGAUGGAAAGCACCAGUAUGGUACCUGACUUCAGCUCAGCCCCGACCGUUGAGACGCCCACACAAUACCAAUCAACGCCGAGCCAGCAGGUAUCUCCAAACCAGGAGCUCAACAGCAAUCUUGACCAGACUCCAUCGAUAGGCACAGCUCAAUCAUUUGACACUGCCUAUUUUGAUGCCAACGACCCAUCUCUAUUCAACUUCAACAUAUCAGACCUCAACUUUGGCAACCACUAUGGUGCGCUUGAGUUUGGCAUGCUGGGUCAUAUUUCUUCGGGCGCCGUGAACACACCUGACAUGGACUCGAUGAAUCAGAUGGGCGGCCACUCAAACCAGGGCAGCGUUUCAUAUGACGGCUCACACUAUGCAGGCUUUGGCGGCGGCUACAGUCAAGGCUUUCCGUCAUGGCAGAACGUUCCAAACGCAGGCUCGCGGCAAAGCAGUGCGACCAAUAUCUGGGGGAACCAGAACAAUGGCCUAGAGGCUUAUGCUAUCGGCGAACAAGCUUCGUCGCUCACAGGUGCGAGUCCACAUUCACAAAAUCAAGAUUUCACGGGUUAUCAAUCCGCAACCCAGUCCCCAGAGACACAAUUUGCCCAACCAGAUCAAAACAAUCAGUCUGACCAGUUGCUACGCCAGAGCCUUUCUCAGGCGCAACAGUUUUCGCGGAAGCAACCGCCUUUUCCUGGUGACCCUCAUAUUGAAAUGGAUCGAAAACGGCGGCGCAAUACUUCGGAGGUCUACACAACUGUUACAGAACCAUAUUCAUAUACCCAGGGAUUUCACGCACUCACGGCUCUCUUACAGAAGCGAUUCCCACAGAAGAAGGUCUUGCGCAUUGCCAAAGCUUUGGGCAUGAUUCGGCCUUCUUUCAUCUCAUGCAAUCAGCACCUCAACCGCGACGAUCUAAUAUUUAUGGAGAAGUGCUUCCAGCGAACACUUUGCGAAUACGAAACUUUCGUGAACCACUACGGCACUCCCACCGUCAUAUGCCGAAGGACUGGCGAAAUCGCAGCAGUGAGCAAGGAGUUCUGUCUCGUCACCGGUUGGAGACGAGAUGUUCUGCUUGGAAAGGAACCCAACCUGAACGUCAACACUAGCGGAUCCUCCCCUGGUACGCAGACAGGCACUAGCUCUAGAGGAGCGGUGACGCCCAGGAUAACGAACAUCGAGGCGGAUCCAGGACGGCCUCAACCCGUGUUCUUGGCUGAGGUCAUGGACGAGGACAGCGUGGUCCAGUUCUACGAAGAUUUUUCGGUGCUGGCAUUCGGCGCAUCUCGGACCUCGAUUAUGGACGCUCCAUGUUCACUACUGAAGUAUCGCACCAAGGAAGACCCUGGCUGGGGACCCAACGACCAUGUCGCUGACGAUGGCAAACGCGCCAGAAAAUAUGGAGAGCAAAAGACCGAGCCAUUGAUCAGAGGCGAGGCCGGCAUGCACGCGCUUGGAGAGCGCGAUGGCCGUGUCGAAUGUCAAAUGUGCUGGACCGUGAAACGCGAUGUCUUCGACAUUCCUAUGCUGAUUGUCAUGAAUGUAAGU